CUUCCACCGGGCGCGUCCGUAGGUGGCGGAUAACGGGAUCCUCUGGGAACAGUCCCACUCCCAGGGGUAUCGUCCGAUCUUUUUCGUUGCAAGGAUUUCUAGGUGUUAGGUAGGUAGGCUAGGUGUAGGAGUAGGGUAGCCUAGUUAGGCUUUGCAACGAAAGAGAUCGGAUGACGCGGACCAAAACCAGCAGGGGGAGUUGCGGGCUCUCCACGCCCUUCACUCGCUGAAGGGUGUUCCUCCUGGAGACGCUCGGGCUCCCUCUCUCUUCCCCUUCUUCCCCUUUUUGUUUUUUCGGGUGACGUCCGACCCGUUUCGGACCUAACCCAUGGGUGAUGGUGGGCCACUUUUGGCCUGCCCUUCGAUGGAGAAGUGAGCCGGCGUUGCUUACGCAUCUUCCGGCCGCUGGUCGCCAUGUCCCCGGCUUCAGCUACAGGGGCACGCCCUCCAGAGGGGGGUACCGGUAUACCGGCGUGGCUUCGUCGUAGUUGCUCUCUUGAGCGUCGGGCGGUGGUCUGUCGUGUUGCUCGUUGCACUCGGCAGGCCGCCGGCCAACCCGUAAUCCUCACCGCGUGGGGGACGGGGGCCGCUGCCGCGAGGCACGGGGCCGCGAGGACGUAAACCUCUUUAAAAAAUACCCCAAUCCUAAGCUCUGGUGCCCGGCGAUGGGAUGAAUGGCUGGAGGGAGUCCAGUCCCAAGGGUACCAACCAGAUCCCAGGGGACCGACCCCUGGUUAAUCAAAAAGGAAAAAUGAAAAUGGCAACAGUUAAAGAAUUAUUACCCCAGGAGGGUACCUCCCGCUCUGCGGGGGGAGAAUCCCUCCGUGCGGUCGAGCGAUCGGCCGCACGCUGCCCCACCGUUUCUGGGGGGGGCAAACUUUGUCAAGACGAAGGGGGCGACGGCACGGGUCGCGUAAGGGACCGAGUUCCCACCGUGUUACUGGAGCGCUGUGACAGCCUGAUUUCCCUGCACUCGGCGCGAAGCUCCGCGAGGGGCGACGCGUCCAGUGGGAGGGAAACUCCGGCUCUGUUCGCCGAUAAUGUUCGGCAACGGACUCGGCGGAAGCGGAAGUCGGCUCGACGGCCGGCGUCCUCCGCUCCGUCUGACUCCUCGGAGGGUGAGCCUGCCAGCGCCAAAUAUAUGGCGUUGGCGGAAGGGCCGGCGACUGCUGCGGCGUCGCUCGCCACUAAUUGUGACGUUUCUUCCCGCGGACUGGAUGCUGCCUCCUUGGCGCAGUCCAGGGCCGCCUGCCGAAAGGCACCGAAUGGGACAGAGGUGGGAGAGGUCGAGCGACUGGAGCGCUCCCUGACGGAGGUGGGUCCCUAUGACCCUCUCCGUAGAUUAAACAUUAUUAAAAAACUUGUGUCCGCGGUGGCGACGAAGUCGAGCGCGGGCUUAAGGGGUGACUGCCUACGGGCCCUCAAAUCUUCAGCCACCUCGAUGGAGGAGAUAUUGGUGGAGGUGGUGGAGCGCACGACGGACAAGGAGAACGCGGACCUGCGGCGGGAGCUGGACCUUAUGCACGCCCGUUUUGCGCAGGUGAGCGAAGAGAACGGCCACCUGCGAGCUGAAAACGGUCAAAUCAAGGUUGACAUGGCAGAGCUGCGCACGCUGGUCAACGACCUGGUAGAGCAGCAGCGCAGCUCGGCCCCCGUUCCCCCUCCGCCCGAAGUGGAAGAUGAAAGCGAGGCCGAAGAGCUGAGGCGGCGCCUCUUAAUCUUGGAGGCACGCCGCUCCAAGGUGGAGCGUGCGAGGCCGCCCCUCGCUCACGAGGCGAAAGGCGCUGCCCCCAUACCGGCACCCCGAAAGAAAAUGGCCGCAAAAACAUCUGGCGGUCCCAAAAANUGA